CCUGCUCCGUGAUACGCAACACCUGAUGAGUUUUAAUAUGCGUAGCUAGCUAUUACAGUGAUAUUUUGGUACCUAACGUAUAGCAACUAUUCAAUAACUUUCCUGAAUUUUCGAAAGUUGAAAUAAUUCACUGCCCUUAUAAUGCUCCACUCGAGCUCGGUGAAUAUGAGACAAAAUAUCCUUAUCAAAGGGCCACUGCUGUGGCUACUACGGCUAUAUGUUCCACACGGAGGCAUUGGACGGACGGACCCUAAAAACCAGCGAGUUUGCGCCGUACUAACGAGGAAGUGUAGCGAAAUUGGUGCGCUUUUUUCAGCUGAGUUGGCUGAUAUCAAAUGCUGUUUCUUAUUAUUUAUAGAAGCUAAGAUAAGUUGUUCCCAAAGUACGGCGUAAUAAUCUUCCAGACUCGACACAUUGCACCUUUGAAAAUGCCCCGGAGAAAGAGGACCGCAGGCAGCAGCUCGGACGGGACGGAGGACUCGGAUUUUUCCGCCGACCUCGAGCACACCGAAGCGUCUGAAAGUGCGCGCAGGCGCAGUAGCACGCGCCUGACUCGCGCGUCACUGCGCCUCAGCCAAAGCUCUCAAGAUAACUGCAACUCAGUGCGAAGUAGUUCUCCUGCACCAGUGAGUAAUGAGGAAGGCUUAGAUUCUGCGGCAGAAUCGGCAGCAGUGGCAGCAUCCGUCUUCUCGUCCGAGCGCAGGGUCACACGCAGCCAGCAGGGGGCGACAAUCACUACAGCCAAAAAAUACCCACUGCGGCAGAGCAGGUCGUCUGGCUCAGAUACCGAGGCUAAUGCAGACCUGAAGCAGGGGGCGGACCGGGAUGAGACCCCUCCUCGCACCCCAACAGGUAAUGCGCCUUCCUCAGAGUCAGACAUUGAGGUUUCGAGCCCCAGCAACGACCACGUGUCUUCCAGCAACGAUAUUGUAGUUUCACAAGAGGAGGACGAGAGAUUGGCCAAAGAGCUGUCGCUCAAAGAGGCCGCCGCCCACGACCUUUCCCACCGGCCCAAACGUCGGCGCUUCCACGAGAGUUACAACUUCAACAUGAAGUGUCCCACGCCUGGGUGCAACUCAUUGGGUCAUCUAACAGGGAGGCACGAGAGACAUUUUUCCAUAUCGGGAUGUCCUCUCUACCACAAUCUCUCUGCUGAUGAAUGCAAGGGCAAGGCAUCGACGCGCGACAAACAGGCUGAGGAAAGGACGCUGUCGCACCGCCAAGACGAGAACAGACACUCCACAAGAAAUCAGGCCCCCACAGAUCGUCAACUGCGCUACAAGGACAAGGUGACGGAGCUGAGGAGGAAGAGGAACUCCAGCCUCAAUAAGGAGCAGAAGGAAAAGUACAUGGAUCACCGUCAGAGCCACGGAGCAAGCAGGGAGCCGCUGUUGGAGAACAUCACCAGCGACUACGACCUCGAGCUGUUCAGGAAAGCGCAGGCACGUGCCUCGGAGGACCUUGAGAAGCUUCGUCUGGCCGGCCAGGUGUCAGAGAACAGCAACAUGAUUAAGACCAUCAUCUUUGGUCGCUACGAGUUGGACACCUGGUACCACUCUCCAUACCCAGAGGAAUACGCCCGCCUGGGGAGGCUCUACAUGUGCGAGUUCUGCCUGAAGUAUAUGAAGAGUCAGACUAUUCUGCGCAGGCACAUGGCCAAGUGUGUGUGGAAGCACCCUCCAGGUGACGAGAUCUACAGGAAGGGGAACAUUUCCGUCUUUGAGGUGGAUGGAAAGAAGAACAAGAUUUACUGUCAGAACUUGUGUCUGUUGGCGAAACUCUUCCUGGACCACAAGACCCUGUAUUACGAUGUUGAACCUUUCCUGUUCUAUGUCAUGACUGAAGCUGACAAUACGGGGUGUCAUCUAGUCGGAUACUUCUCCAAGGAGAAGAACUCCUUCCUGAACUACAACGUGUCCUGCAUUCUCACCAUGCCGCAGUACAUGAGGCAGGGUUACGGCAAGAUGCUCAUAGACUUCAGUUACCUGUUGUCCAAGGUGGAGGAGAAGGUGGGUUCACCUGAGCGACCCCUGUCUGAUCUGGGCCUUAUCAGCUACCGGAGUUACUGGAAGGAGGUGCUGCUGCGCUACCUGAACAACUUUCAGGGCAAGGAGAUCUCCAUCAAGGAGAUCAGCCAGGAGACGGCAGUGAACCCAGUGGAUAUUGUCAGCACACUACAAUCCCUCCAGAUGCUCAAAUACUGGAAGGGAAAACACCUGGUUUUAAAGAGACAGGACCUUAUUGAUGACUGGAAGGCCAAGGAGACCAAACGUGGUAAUGGCAAGACCAUUGACCCGACAGCCUUAAAAUGGACACCACCUAAAGGGACGUAGAGGAGCUUCCUCUCACACUCCAGACUCAAAACACACGCAUACAUGGACAGAUCCUCCUACACACACUGGCAUGCUCACAGACAUUGAGCCUAAACCCUUGCAGACACUCGUGUACAAAACGCUUUCAGCAGCUACAGUAUAGUCUUUCAGUUCCAAGGUCAGCCAUUACUCUGGGUUCAGCACUCAAUGUCAUGGCUUGGGAAAUUGACUUCAGUCCAACAAAAACACCAUUAGCUCAUUGAUAUUACGACUGUCCAGAGGAUUUUUUUUGGACAUUAAAACAAAAUUAGGCAUAUUUGCCUAUUACAGAAAGAAAUUAGAUGAAAUGUAAUCAGUGUAUCAUUGUAGUCUGUCGAUGUGCAGUCUGUGAGAUCUGAUUCUACAAAAUUUGUAGUAGUAGCUGUAGUCAGAGUUGCCAUUGAGGGAUCAGAGAGGGCAAAAAAGGUUACAGGAACAUGACACCCAGUAAGUGGGGGACAGGUUGUGGCAGAGCCCACCUCCUCUGGUGAGUGAGGGCUCUUCCAGGUUAACAAAAAUGGCUUUGAAGUGCAGGUGGAUUGCUGAGUCCUGUCCGGAGGUGUUGGCUCUCCCGUGUUGUGCCAUACGUCUGUGCUUCUUAGACGAGAGGUGAAACGUCUUCAAGAACCCUAACAAGUCCAGAGGCCCGAAGAAUUUACUACAUAGAUUCUAGCUAGUGAAUGCUUUAGAUAGACUGCCGAGUACACAAACACAUAAACUAAAAUCUCCUUUAAUUUACUUAAUUUAUUUACUCUCCUUAAAUUGAAUUAACUUGCGACCUACCUAGCCAGCUAACUUACUAGGUGGGAAUGUGAGCUUGGUUUAUUACUCCAAGUAAAAGGACAGUAUUAACAUCUGCAGAUAACAUUAGUCAAGUCAAGUCAAUUUUAUUAAUAUAGCUCCUCGUGGGCUUUAUAGUGUGUAGAACAGUUGUUCAAAAUCUUUUUUCUUGAAGCCUCCAUAUAUGUUUCAAGGCACAUCCAACAGGAUGGAGACCGUGGGGUGUGCCCAGAAGUUGCUUUUGGAAUUACAUAUCCUAUAACAAUGAAGCAACAUUUCAUAAUGAUGGCCCGAGUUUGAAUAAUUUUUCAAUUAUUUCACAAAAUACAGGUUAAUUCAUAUAUUAAUAUUAUAUAUUUUAGACAAUUUAUUCAUGUAAUUAUUUUGGGUGUGUUUUUUAAAUUUUUUUUAUAUAUUUAAUGUUGAACACUUUUGAGGUUCCAACAAAGAGAAGCAGGAGUUUCUGGCUCCAACAGUAUGACUAUGAAACGGAAAAUAGGCGCUAUGUAGCAGCCAGUGAUGUCCGUAUAUCAAGUAUGAUCACCGCUGGUAUCUCCUCACCCCCAUUUAUCUUCUGAAAAGUGAAAGUAAUUGGGCGUUGUUAGUGCGCCUCCUCCUACACACUUGAUUAGCACAGGGUACCAGGCACACCCGCUAAUCCAAUCUGCGACAGCCAGUAUUGAACCUGCACUGCGUUUCAUUCCGUUCUUGAGGCAGUCAACACAACGCAGAUCGGGAAAGAUAUUGACUCAUGCAGCAUAUUUUGACAGAUGCAGUCCAGCUGUCUGUGAUUAGAAGGACAUGGCCUUGGCAAAAUGUUAGAAAUAGGAGCCAUGACCUUGAUAUACCAGUCAGGAGAGUGAGAAUUAAUUUGAUCAAUUCAUGGAGAGUUGCAUAAAAAUGUAAAAAUACACUGAUGUUCAAUUGUACCCAUGAACAAACCAUUACCUCUUAUUAACAGUAUUUUUACUUAGUAAUGUAAAGAGUGAAUAUCAGCUUGUAGUAUGGUGUUGUCUUACAUCAUACUGUACACACAGUGUACAGUUUUCACACAUUUGAAAUGGUUUGAGGAGUUACAAUAAGAUGGUCACAGGUCAGAUCCUUUACAGACUCUCUUUUAGUUUAAGAAAAGGACUAAAAAAAUGUUAGACAGACCGCAAUACCCUAACAUUUUUCUGACCCUGGCAGUGGUUGUUUGAACCCAGAGCAUAUCAGUAAUUUAGCAUCUCUCAUGCACCAAACGCACACAUUUUGUCUAAUAUUUAAGACAUCAGUCAAACAGCUGUCAGGGAGCUAUAGCUGCCACUGGUCGUGUUUGGACUGUGACCAGGAUGGGACGUACCUGGGUGUGUUCAUUACCUUCUGUCUUCCCUUCUUUUUAACCUUUUAUCUAAGUGACAGCUGUGCUAUUUAUGUCAGUUUUAUACUAAGCGGUAAAGGUACAUGGGAAAUCCCAAUUGUUGGAGCUCACAAACAUGUUGCUGUUUUUUUCUGUGUCCUUUUUGGUGGUUUUGGUAAGUUCUCAAUGAUAUUUUAUAUCUUUCUACCUCUAAGGUUUACCACUGUAUGAAAGCUACAACGACCCACUUUAAAGUUCCUUUUGUUUUCUUUUUUUGCUUUUUUGUAUGUUAUCAUGUGAAACUAUGUAGCUGUCUUCAGCUAGCUAGUGUUUUGUUAUUUGUUUUUUUUUUUUUUACUAGAUUUUUAAAAAAUAUAUGCUAUUUAUAUUCUUAAAAACUUUUGUUAACUGUGUAGAAUGUAAAAAGAUAAAGUCUGGUGGAGGAAAGUCCAUUCCAUAGGACACUGGUUAUUUGUGAAUGUAGAUAUUUAUCUCAAAAUUAUAUGUAGAUUUGAAUGUGUCUAGAAAGGUACAGGAGGGAGAUUCCAGCACCCCCACCACCAAGGACAAUGACAGAAGUCAUUUACAUUUCAGAGAUUUAUCUCCUGUAAUCAAAAGUGGCAUGACAUGUUGCUUUUGCACAUUGUCAUUACUUGUUACCGCCACAAUUGCUGCUGCAAGCAAUUAAGAAAAUACAAGCACAACCUUAAGACUAGUGAACAUGGUCAUUUUCUUUUUUUUUUCUUUUUUUUUUGUUCUUUACAUCCUACUGUGUUUGAUUAAGAACUUUAAAAAUGUUAUUUUAUUUUAUUGACAAUCGGAUAGUUCAUCAUCUUGGGAAAUACAUCCAUUUGCCCUACCCCUCUGGUUAGAUGAGUAGAUUGAUACCACUUUCAUGUCUGUGUACUAAGCAUGACAUAGCUUAGCGUAGUACAUCCGCCUGUUUUCUAUACUGCUUAUUCAUGCAGGGUUUCUUGAGGGGCUGGAGGUUUCAGUUGACAGUGGACGAGAGGUGGGGUACACCCUGGAAUGGUCACCAGUCCCUCACAGGGCCGACUCACACAGGUUAAACAAACAAGAUGUAACAUUAAUCGGUGAACUUUACAGGUCCUGGUAGGUGGAUUUUGUUGUUGUUUUUGGACAGGGCCAGGCUAGCUUGUCCCCCCUGUCUUUAUGCUAAGCUAAGCUAAUCAGCUAGUUGCAGUAGCUAAAAGCAUACAGUGGUAUUAAUCUUCUCAACUAACUCUAAGUGUCUUUCCCAACAUUGUACAUAAAAUUGGAGGUGUUUGGAUAACAAUGUCAGAUUGAAUCAACAAUUUUUUUUUCUUUUUCAGAAUGCUACUUUUUCAGCUUUUGUGUCAUAAAGUGCUAUGUGGAGGAAUGUUUUUCCUUCACACACUUGGACUUACAUUUGCUUUUUUUCUGAGUAGAAUUGCUGCCUUUAAUUUCUGUAAUGGUUUUCUUCAUGUCUUGUGUUCUCUUUUGUAGCAAAGUUUUCUUUCUGCCAUCUGUGGAUUUAUUUAUCUGUGUUUUACACGUUUGUAUUUUCUCUAAUUGUGUGGUUGGUUUUUCUGUCUUCGUCUGGGUCUUACAUGAAGGGGUUCAGGAGCCAUGACACCGACUGCUAGAUUUCCAGUCAAUAUAAACAGGCCAAGCAUUUUAUAGGAUUACAUUUAUGCCCUCAGCACCUUACAUUUAUCCCCUCAGUACCUGUUACCAUUUACAGUAAGCUGAACUUACUUUUUGAAAGAUUUUCAAAGGAAAAAUCCAUUCGAAAAUCCAACUUUUGAUGAUGUUCUGUACAUGACUGAGCCAGUUUAGAUUAUGGCUGUAAUUUUGCCUUUGUCACGUUGAAAUGUGACCUGCAUUGGUAUGAUGGAGUGGGGGUGGAGGUUUUUGACUUGAAAAGCCUCACUAAACCGUAAAUGACAACGCUUUGUCGAAAUAAAGACCUGCAAUUUGUUAAACAUCACAAAUUGAUCAUAUUUAAUCAUAUGAAAGUGUCCGAAAGAGAUUUUUUUUCCCCCCGGUUAGCCUGUCUGUCUUGACCUCACAGUCCAUUUUUAUUUGUCUUGUCUAUUUUUUUAUCCCGGUGCCAGCUUUUCUCUGUGCCAGUGGCAGCUAUAGGUUGACCACCUUGUUGGUUAUAAACACAUCUGAACAGUGUCACAGUUACUUUGAGAAACCAGAUGCAUUCCAUCACCUUCCAUAGGCUACCAGUGAGCUGUUGUAGUAUUGCAACCUGCUUCCUAUUUCUAAACUACGCACUGAAAGCAGACACAAACAAAAGUAGCGCGGCAUUGAUAUGUAGCUCAGUUGUGCUUUUGUACAUGCUUCCUCGCCUUCCUUCCUCUUCAAUAAAUGCAAAUGGUGAAACCAUGGUGA